AUGAAUAGCUUUCUUCCUUGUCCCUAUUGUAAACAACAAGAAAUUCAAGCUAUUCAGCAGCAAUUGUCUUCCACACAUUAUAACCAAGCCACGUCCUGGCCAACAGUACAUAAUGAUCCAAUAAAUGAGUAUACAACUCCAUUCUAGCAACAUUGGCUUUCUUAGCUUCAUUUCCUGAUGGUAAAGGUGAUCCUACAAACCCAGCUCUUUACUGAGAUGUGCAGCUUACAGAAGGAAUUGAACUUAAAAUAUGCUGAAAAGAGAGAUGACAGAUGCUUUUAUCGCUUUCGCUCCCACCCCCAAUUUGCUUAUUGGGCUUUUAACCUCAUUGAAAGAAAACAUAUUAUAAAGCAAACAGGAAUAUUCCUUUAA